AUGAGCUGCGACUACUUGAGCGGUGGCGCAGGUUUUACGUAUAGCAACAUUCACUUCCAUUCGGCUUUGCUCGCGCAGCUAUCGUCACGCCCUGAAAUCCGUGCUCCAAAAUGGAACGUCAACAUCCACCAUCCAGACCUCGUUUCUCCCGGCUACUGGUUCGUUGCUCCACGCGAGCCUCUGGGUGCAAAUGAACAGAUGGGAGGCUGGAUUGGACCAACCAUCUACGACAACGCUGGAGAACUCGUCUGGAGUGGUGCCUCGACAUUCCUCAAAACCAGGGUCGAUGACUUCCGCAUCAGCCAUGUAGCAGGAGAAUUACUCAUGACCAUGAUCUGGGACGAACAUGGCGCUGGCGUCAUGAUGAAUUCUUCGUAUGAGAUCGUGAAGGCACGAGAAUUCACGAGACCACAUCUGAUCAACAUGCAUGAAUUUCAUUUCGUGGACGAUGGGAGGAGGGCUAUCAUUCUGCGCGGUAACAGGAAGAAGGCUGGAGCUGAGGAUGCGAAGGCUGUGGGAUUUGAUGAGGAGACUUCCUGCAUGGCCGAGUUCGAUGGCUUUGAGGAGUUUGACACAACGACGUGGGAAAGGACUUUCCAAUGGAGCUCCUUUGGUCGUAUUGCCUUGAGCGAAAGCACUUGGCAGGACUCUCGUACCAUCAGGGAGCGAUGUGAAGAGGGUUGGGACUUUUUGCAUGCCAAUUCAGUCGACAAGAGCAGAGACGGAGACUUCUUCGUUUCUGCUCGGUUCACCAAUGCCAUCUACAAAAUUUCGAAAUUGGAUGGUUCUAUCAUCUGGCGGCUGGGCGGUGUGGAAUCUGACUUUGAAAUGGGAGAUCUUAACUUCACAGGUCAACAUUCGGUCCGUUAUGUCAGCGAGAACGAAACGCACACUCUCAUCACGAUCUUGGACAAUGCUAAAAUCGAUGACCUGCCUCCUACUCACCAGUACUCGCGAGGACUACUCCUAGCUCUGGACACUACAACCAGUCCGAUGACUGUGUCACUCGUCAGUGAAUACUCUCAUCCGUAUGGGCCGGGAGGCUAUGCCAAAGCUCGUGGCAACCUGCAAGCGCUGGAGAACGGCAACGUUUUCAUCGGCUGGUCCGAGCAGGCCACUCUCAGUGAACAUCUAUCGAACGGCACCUUGAUCAUGGAUGCUCAACUGAAACCGGAUUGGCUUGGCUCAUACCGGAACUACAAAUUCCCAUUUAUCGGACAGCCAAAGCAGGAGGAGAUCGCUGUGGUCUCAGCAGCACAUUUUAUUGAUGGAGAGGUCACCACGGAAGUGUUUGUGAGCUGGAAUGGUGCUACAGAAGUUGCAUCCUGGAACCUGUAUGAUGCAAGUGAGGAAGAAGGCAAGAGACAAGUCUUGAACCUGGCAGCGAGGACUAGCUUUGAGACUCAAAUCUUGGCUAGCGGAUUCGCGGCGUAUGUGGUGCUUGAAGCGUUCGAUGUGGCAGGGAAAAGUCUCGGAGUAUCGAAGGUGACUUAUACUACGCCUCCAGAGAACCAGAAUGCUAACGAGAAGCCCACGCAUACGCAUCAACACAAGAACGAUGAAGGAGCUCCUGCAGCGGGCACCGACGACGACCUGAUCAAAAACGUGCCUCCGACUCCAGCCGCCAAGAUCCUCGAGGACGAAAUUCUGGAGCAUGCCGAUCCAGCAGCCCACUCCAAGCUCACCUUCACGACACGGUACUUUGCAAUCACCGCACUUUUAGCCGUAGCCCUCUUCGUAGCUCGGAUUAUCGUGAAGCGAAGAAGACUCAUAGGACGCUUCGGCACGAUGCAAAAUAUGCGAAGCUCAUUUUUCGCCGAUGAUCCAGAAGCAGAGAAAGCAGUUCCUCGUCGAUCGAGAGCUGCAUCUAUGCUUAAGCAUCGACAUAAGCCGUCGCGAUGA